UCCUGGUCGAGCUGCCGCAGCAGCAGCAGCCGCAGUAAUAACCGCACCUGUCGGGAGCAGAACGUGGUGAAUAACCGUGCGAGGAGUAAAAAAGAACAGGAAGGAAACACCGCUCCGGGUGUGAAAACGCGAUGGCUGCGCGUGCGGACAUUUCUGCGGCUGGAAAUUACGCAUCGAAUCCCUGAUGUUGUGGUGACGCUUAGGACUCGUGCAUCCCUGAAAACACAUGCUCACACAAAGUGAUUGAAGAAUCUUUUGCACAUACAAGCGCUUCACGGGACAUAAUGAGAGGCUUCCUGCUGACUGCAAUCGUUCUCCUGCCCUUGGUGGCCUCUGAGUCUGAGCACUGUAUAAUAAAACGUGAGCAUGAGAAAUGCAUGGAGAUGAUGGCGAUGCACACCCCAGUUGACACAGACUACGUGUGUCCAUGGAUGUGGGACAACUUGACCUGCUGGCAGGCGGCCAGUGUUGGUGAAGUUGUUGUGGUCAGCUGUCCAGAGCUCUUUCAUGACUUCGUGACCCCUGAAGAAGAAAUAGGGAAGCUCAGUCGAAACUGCACGGAGUACGGCUGGUCUGAGCCUUAUCCUCACUAUGUGGACAUCUGCUUCCUCUAUGACAACGUUACGAAACCUGACUUGUACUAUGCAUCUGUCAAAGCCCUGUAUACGGUCGGGUACAGCACAUCACUGGUGUCUCUGACCACUGCCAUGGUUAUUCUCUGCAGAUUCAGGAAGCUCCACUGCACCAGGAACUUCAUCCACAUGAAUCUGUUCGUGUCCUUCAUCCUGAGAGCCAUCUCAGUCUUCAUCAAGGACGGCGUGCUGUACGCGCAGGAAGACAGCGACCACUGCUUCGUGCACACAGUGGCGUGUAAAGCAGUAAUGAUUUUCUUCCAUUACUGCGUCAUGUCCAACUAUUUCUGGCUCUUCAUUGAAGGCUUGUAUCUCUUCACUCUGCUGGUGGAGACCUUCUUUCCCGAGAGGCGAUAUUUCUACUGGUACACCAUCGUAGGCUGGGGAACUCCCACCAUUUGCGUGACUGUCUGGGCAGUUUUGAGGCUCCACUUUCACGACACUGGAUGCUGGGACACAAAUGAGCACACUGCCCUCUGGUGGGUGAUUAAAGGACCUGUUGUGGCCUCUAUUAUGAUUAAUUUUGUCCUCUUCGUUGGAAUUAUCAUCAUACUGGUGCAAAAGCUGCAGUCCCCAGAUAUCGGAGGAAACGAGUCAAGUAUUUAUCUCAGCUGUGCUCAGAAAUGCUUCAGUGAGCCCACACAGGCUGUGCAGCAUUCGUGCAGGAUGUCAGAGUUAUCCACCAUCACACUGCGUCUGGCGCGCUCCACCCUCCUCCUCAUCCCCUUGUUUGGGAUUCACUACACUGUGUUCGCCUUCUCACCUGAGGAUGUCAGCAAGAGGGAGAGGCUGGUCUUUGAGCUGGGGCUUGGAUCCUUCCAGGGCUUUGUGGUCGCUGUUCUCUACUGUUUCCUCAAUGGGGAGACUCUGUGUGAGUUUUAUGGAUUGCCAACAAAUUUUGAAUGUACAGUUAUUGUUGCUCAGCUGCUCUUUGGUGUUGCCUGCUAUCAGUUUGCCCCGGUGUACAAAUGA